UCGAAGAAAAUGUCAUUCGAUACUCAUCUUUUAAAUGCAAACAUUUCAGCAGAACUACAAACGAAUAUCAAUGAUACCGUGCAGCCUUAUUUUUGUAAUACUGUUACCUACAUAAGAUUAACUACAGUGUUGCUACUAAGAGCUGGCUACGUAUUGAUCCAGAUCGGCAGCAUACCAAUCAACGAUGUGUAUUCCUUGAUUCUUCACAACAUCCUAGACAUAACUGUGACAAUAUGCUCCUAUGGACUCGUGGGAUACAUGUUCUCUCUGGGCCAAGAAAGCCUUGGUGGUUUCAUGGGUUCCAGUACCUCCCUAUCUGCAGGAUAUCCAGAUCUGGAUUCAUUGAUUCAUGGGUUUUCCGCCUGCCUCAUAGGCUCAGCCAUUGUUACCACCAUGCUGGCCGGCAGGGUACUACCAAUGACGGCCGCUACUACCAGUUUCUUGCAAGCGGGCCUGAUCCAACCCAUAGUGAUGCACUGGGUGUGGCACGACAAAGGUUGGAUGGCCAAGAUGAAGGUCCUGAAGGUGAAAUUCUCAGUGAAGGACCAUGGAGGUGGCCUCCCCAUACAUCUAACUUCUGGCGUGGCAGCCCUAUGGGGAUCAGUCUGUUUGGGGAGACGUUUGGUGAAGUUGAAAGACGUUUCAGCCUCCUCCGUUGGUACUGCAUCUCCAGGCAUGACUUUCAUAGGUUACGUCUUCGUCUUCAUAGGUCUUACAUCCUUCACCCUACCUACCCAGAAGUACGAGCAGAACCGUAUACCGGGUGAUUUCAUCGGGAUCACCCUCACCAACUGCCUGAUGGCGCUGACCUCUGGUCUCUUCGUUGUUAUAAUGCAGUGCUUCUGUUUCGGAAGGGUUAGCGGCUACUGGAUACUCCUCAAGUGUCUGCAGGGAAGUCUGGCCGGUUUGGUGACCGUCAGCUCUGGAGUAGACGUCUACGAUCACCUGGUGGCCUUCUUCGUUGCGGCCACGGGUACCGUUGUCUUCUACUGCGUCACCAUAGUCCUGGAGAGGAUGUUUUACGAGGACUACUGCAACGUGGUGCCAGUGCAUCUGUUCUGCGCCUUCGUGGGAGCCCUGUUACCACCCCUGGUGGGCAAUGGAGAAAAUCUAGGUUUUCAAGGCACCAGCAUAUCUCUGGCGUAUCGUCUUUACCACACCGGUUGGCAAGUGGUCUGCGCUUUCGCGGUUAUAGCUUGGUCCACAACCUUCUUCCUGCCCCUUUUCGUGUUCCUCCAAGCGAUGGGUCUCCUGGCCAAUAAGAACGAAGAGAUGAACCAUCGGAGGAGCCUGAACGUGCUGAAGAACGUGGAUAGCAAGCGGAGGUUCUGGAGGAUCUUUUCCUACAGCGAGUUCGCGCCAUUCGUCGAACCUGGAUCGGAGACCAGAAGCGGAAAAUCCUUGGAUUUCCUGAAGAAGUCCAACGAUUCCCGUAGGGAGCUCCUGGAGGCUGCAAUGGCGAAGAAACAGGAGGCUAAGGGUCCCAAGCAGCUCAACAUGGUGAAAACGCCAGCGGUUCCAACGGAAGAGAUCGUCAAAGACAUGGGCAUACUGGAAGCUGAACGCUAUCCAGCUUCCUACGAGGAAGACUUGGAGAAGAGGCUGACAACUCACAAAUCAUUGUACGAGACAAUCACGGAGCCUGUGGCUGUGGUGACGCAGGAGCAAGGUGUGCACAGGAAUGCCUCUGGAGACUACGUUCAUCCGGAGAAGAUUGUGAAGGCCGAGAUUCACAAUGUCUCGGAGCUUAAGGACAAGAAGGAGGGGAAUGUGAAGAGGAAGAUAUCGCCUAGAAGGAGGCCGCAUACGGUUAGGAGGAAGAAGAAGAAGCUGAAAAGAUUGGAUUCGGAUUUCAGUUUGAAGAAACCUAAGAAGAAGUGAUUUUCAGUGUUCGAGUUAGUUUUUUAAUAAAGUUAGUUGAGGAG